GGCUCAAAAGGUUCCACUAGACUCUGACAAUGUAUUUUAAGUCAAAUUGCAGAGAGACAAUGGGCCGAAGGAAAACGAUGUGGCAGUUGAUUUGACUGCACUUCUUGCAGGUACACGCUUGUGACAAGAGCAUGAAGCGCAAAGAGCCUCCAGGUGUUUUGCAGGCCACGAGGUUUCCGCCAGCCAACGGGCAUAGCCGCUUUCGUGCUGGCUUUGUUCCGCGGAAGAUGUGUUCAUACAUGGAGACCGCAGGUUACUGCCAAAAAGGCGAUGCCUGCACUUUUGCACACAGCCCCGCAGAGCUAGCCAAUGGAGGCAUUGAGUUGGGCGGUGCUGGAGACGUUGGCGGAAGCUUGUGGGAGGCAGCGCCAGCCGCAGAGCAUGGCCGCUUUCCGGUUGGCUUUGUUCCUCGGAAGAUGUGUUCAUACCUGGAGUCUACAGGUUAUUGCCACAGAGGCGACGCGUGCACAUUCGCCCACAACCAUACAGAGCUCGCGAACGGAGAUGGUCGCGCAAUCUGGAAUACAUGAUUCAGCACGCGCUAUGCUGCUAUGCUGGCUUUUCCCGGAUGGGUUUCCUAAGCGUUGAGCUUUGAUCGAAGCCUGAGACGGCAGCAGAAGACCCAUUUUGACUGACUAUGGUAUUGUCCUAUUCAAGGUGGUUCCGCUAGUAGUUCCAUUGGUGGCACAAGCAGAGCGUUGGCGAACCAGGCUCGGCCAGGAAAAGGGCAAGGCCGCUUUCGCCAUGGCUUUGUGCCGCGAAGGAUGUGUUCAUAUAUUGAGUCCACUGGGUAUUGCCAAAAAGGCGAUGCCUGCACAUUUGCGCACAGCCCUGUGGAGCUAGCAAAUGGAGAUGGCGGAAGCAGCCUCCGAGCGCAAUUACAGCAGUCAGUAUUCUGAAUUUCCUAUCAUUGUGAG